AUGGUGCAGAGGUUCUGCGGGCAUUAUGCUAGGGCCGUGCGUAAUAGGAGGAGUGGGACGAUCGAGCCCGACACGAUUGCGGCGGCAUGUCAGAUGUUCCAGGCUGCGGAAAACAAGGAGCUCACGUUGCUGCCUUGUUGGGUGGAGUUGAGGCAUCAUCCCAAGUGGCAAUCCGAGGCCUUGCGCAAGAAGAAGAAGACCUCCGCUGCAGGCAACCCCGCAUCAGCGCAGCACGUUGAGUCUUCUCCCGGGGUGAACGUACCCGAAGGUGUAGCUGCAGGACCUUCCAGUGGUGGUCCACGUCUGAAAUGGUCACCUGGCCGCAAUUGCUCGAAGGAGGUUGCCCGCGGUUCUUCCUCCUCGAACUCAGCUUCUGGGCCCAUGAUAGAGAUAUUUGACUGCCAGUCGGCCAUGAAAGAGAAGGUUGAGAAGGACAGGGCGGAGAGAUUUGCUGAGAUGAUGAGAAUAGAGUAG